GUGAAUGACUGUGAUCAGCAAGGCCAUAUAUCCAUUCAUGCAUGGACGCCAAAAAAACAGCCAGUUGCCUUCCAUUUGGCAUCGCAUUCAUCUGCACAGGCAUCCUCGUUAAUCUUAUCCAAGCCACUUGCUUCCUGAUUGUUCGACCUCUAUCAAAGACUUUGUUCAGAAGGAUCAAUGGAGCUGUUACAGAAAUUUUGUGGUUGCUCGUCAUUUGGCUCAUGGACUGGUGGUCAGGACUCAAGGUUCAAUUAUAUACAGAUCAUAUGGAUACUUAUCGAUUAAUGGGUAAAGAACAUGCAAUUCUCAUGCCAAAUCACACGUGUGAUGUCGAUAUAUUAUUGGUUUGGCUUCUAGCUCAGCGCUUCGAUUGCCUUCGUAGUGCACUGAUGGUUGUGAAGAAAUCUUCAAAAUAUCUUCCGAUCUAUGGCUGGGCAAGUUGGUUCUUUGAGUUCAUUUUUCUGGAUCGAAGCUGGGAAAAAGAUGAACACUACUUGAAGUCAAGUCUGAAGGGGCUGAAGGAUUUUCCCAAGCCAUUUUGGCUAACCAUGUUUGUUGAGGGAACUCGAAUGACAGAAGAUAAGCUUUUGGUAGCUCAAGAGUUUGCUGCUUCAAGAGGGUUGCCUGUUCCUAGAAAUGUCCUGGUCCCUCGCACCAAGGGUUUUGUUGCUGCAGUAAAACAUAUGCGCUCCUUUGUUCCAGCUGUUUAUGAUGUUACCUUGGCUGUUUCCAAAGGUCAUCCUCUUCCUUCCUUGGUGAGAAUAUUUGAAAAGCAACCUUCUGAGGUUAAAAUUUACAUUAAACGAUAUUCGAUGAAAGAAUUGCCAGAAUCUGACGGUGACAUUGCCCAAUGGUGCAAAGAUAGAUUUGUGGAAAAGGAUGCAAUGCUGGAAGAGUUCCGAGCUGAGGGUACAUUUGAGGGGAAGGAAAUAAUUCCAGAUGGAGGCCGUUCCUUAAAGUCACUACUUGUCUUCAUUACUUGUUUGUGUAUGUGUUGUGUGGGGAUCUACAAAUUCUGUCAAGCAUUUUCCCUAUUAUCCACAUGGAAAGGAAAUGCCAUUAUAGCUGGUGGAUUGGCCAUGGUGGUUCUCAUUGGCAAUAUCUUCAUUGCAUACACAAAGCUGCCAAAAAGAGCUCUCAUUGCUGCUGCUGCUGCUGCUGCUAAAGCAAAUAUUAAUUAAUUAAUUGAACUAAGAAUAAUAAUCUUUGCUAUAUAAUACCACACCACAUGCACGCAUGCCCGUAAACCAUAUGAUGAUGAU